AUGACACAGAAUAAAGAGUUUCUUUACCAACAAAAUGAAAAAAUCCUUUGUUAUCACGGACCCAUGAUCUACGAAGCAAAAAUCUUGGAUUUUGAAUACUUUGAAAAUAAACAUCCAAAAUCCAAUUUAACAGGUCCACACUAUCUAAUACAUUACAAAGGAUGGAAAAAUACAUGGGAUGAAUGGGUUGCAGAAUCUCGAGUUUUAAAAUUUAAUGAAACGAAUUUAACUAAACAAAAACAAAUUGAAGAAUCAUUAAAUAAAAAGGGAAGGUCAACGAUUAAAAAAACUGUUCAAGAAACUACAAUUGAAAAAGGAAAGAAAAGACGAAGGGAUACUUUAUUGGAUAAGGAUGAAAGCAUCAAGAAACCAAAGAUUUAUAUUCCUGUUCCUGAACCACUUCGUGCGAUAUUGGUACAGGAUUGGGAAAAUGUUAAUAAAUCGUCAUUGUUUGUACCUUUACCACGCAAACCUACUGUGUCGGACAUUAUAGAACACUAUAGAAUAUCUCGAACCAAGAAAAAGGGGGGUCAAGAAACUGACGACGGAAUCGCGGAUGAGAUUAUUACUGGAGUGCUUUUUUACUUUAAUAAAUGUUUGGGAUCACGUUUGUUAUAUCAAUCGGAAAGGAAGCAAUAUCGUGAAAUGCGGUAUAAAUUUGAACGCUUACAAAAUUCUCAAAUAUAUGGAGCAGAGCAUCUAUUAAGAUUGUUUGUAUCCUUUCCACAGUUGAUUUCAGGCAUGAAUCUUGCGGAAGACACACUGGGCAUCCUGAAAGAACACUUAACAGGUUUCCUAAACUUUUUGAAUGAUAAUAGGAAAGAAUAUUUUGUUGAUGAAUAUCAAAAGAUCAAAGAUUAG